AUGGCCAUCGCCCGUAUUAGGAGUCGCCUGUCGUCCUCCGCGGCGUCACAACCCCCGUCUCCGAUGCCCAACUCUAGGACCACCUCCCGCUCCGAUCCUGCCUUCAACAAUUACGUCGACAAAUUAAAGAACAUCCCUGAAUUUGAUCUGCCUGACGAUCUCAAUCGACCGACCAUUGCUGAUCUGGAAUACCGAUUGAUCAAAUCCAAGGAUAAGAAAUCGAUCCAAGAGAUGUUGGAUUCCGCUGCUAAGUAUGGUGUGUUUAAGGUCAGCGGUCAUGGCAUAUCGGCGGAGGAUCUGCAGGACGCAUUUACCGAGGCUGAGUUCUGUUUUGGAUUGUUGGCUGAGAGGUGGAGCCGCGACGGAGACCGAGAGGAGUUUGCUUGGUCUCGAUCUGCCAUGGCUGUCGCGGAACGACGGCGAGAGGUUAAGAGUGAGGAACAAUUCCAGAAGUUCAGGAAAAAGAUGGAGAAUGUUGCAAAUAAGCUGGAAGUAAUUGCAAAUGAUGUUACUCAGAUCAUGGGAAACAAUAGUGCCAAGCAACCUCGUAAGAAGAUUAAGGAAAACGAAACCAAAAUGACAUUGUUCAAGCAUAGUAACUCGUCUCUUCAACCUCACACCCCUCGUUCAUCCCAUACUCCACGUGCAUUGGAUGGGUCUAGACGGGAUUCAAGCGCAUUUGCUAUAAGCCUUCAUAUCCCCACCGAGGCUGGUGAAUUCCGUCUCUUGUCUGAGGGAGGACCAUACUCAUUCGGUACCAACCCAAGCACCAUUGUGUUCACCGUUGGAGAACAACUUGAGGAAUGGAGCUAUGGAGAGUUCAGAUCUGCAUUUGGGGAGAUAAACAUAGAACCAGAUAUCCAAGAUGAGAAAGGAGCAUUCUCCAUUGAACUCAAGUGUUCACCUUCAAAUCUAAAUGAUGCAGUUGACAAACAUGACACCAUCUCCAUAACUGAUCAGAUCAUCUUUGUAGUCAUAGUUGCCAUACUAUACAAAUUGUUUUCUUUUUUACUUUCUUAAUUCAUUUCCAAGGUGAACUAUGGUCAACUCUCUACAUAUCUACUUAAUUUCCUAGCUAUGCUCCAAAUCAAACAGCAACCUGCAAGCAUGGAUAUAUUUGUAUUAGAUUGUUUGUCUUUAAUUAUUGAAUUUAUGUUCUUUAUGUUCGUUAGUUGUUAGUUGACGAUCGAUGUAAUAACAAAUAUUCAAUGACGAAUUUGUUUCUUCUU